AGUUUCUUUGGUUGGAAUUUGGCUAAAUAAUGUUUGUACUUUUUUCCACUUGUUUAUAGCUAUCUAAAUUUUUAAUUAUGUACGACAAUAACCCGAAAGAAGAAAAAUACUAUUUUUACAUGACGUCACCGUGAAGUGACAGAACGAAUCUUUCGAGCUUGUGUUUCUUAACGACAAUUAAAAAUGUGACUCACAAUAUCCGGUUUGUCCUAGAAACCGCCAUAUCCGGACAGGGCGGAAAUGUAAUAGCUUGCAAAAAGACAACCAAUGUUAGCGAGUACAUGAUUUUGCUUUCAUUACUGUCUUCAUUUUUAGAGGUUUAAUCGCUAUAUGACGUCAGGAAUGAACUGUUUUAACCCAGCUGUCACGGUUGACGAAUACCUCGCGGAGACUAAUGUGCUGUUUUACCUGAGUGAUGCUUUGGCUCAGCUGCUGGAACACAAAGAAGAAUAUACCAAUGUUGGCGUCACCCGCUACUUUGCUGAAUAUUUCAGCAGCGUGAAGAAUAGUAACCACAUCCUCUUCAGGGAGUUUAACUACAUCAGGGCCACUCCUCAUAACAGAGCUUCAUUCAUCAGAGUCUUCUGGAGGUGCUACAGACAGAUUGGCAAGAGUGGAGAUAUGCUGUCCAUGUUGGAGUAUAGCUCCCUACUUCAAUUACUAUGCCCAGACUUCCCAGUGGAGAUAGUAAAGAAUGCUGCCAGAAUUGCUUUGAUGAAUGAGGGCGCAGACUGCUUGAUGUCUUUCUCGGACUUCCUUUACGCCUUCCAACUGCAGUUUUACUACCAAGAAUUCCUGGACAGUGUGCUGCUGAUUUACCAGGACCUGUUGGCAGGAAAGAGUCCAAACACUGUCAUAGUUCCCACAUCAGCUUCCGUCGAACAACUUCCUUGCUUGGCCUUAGAGGAAAAACGGGAUCUUGAGAUAGAGGCUUCCACUCUGGCUGGAUGCAUAGAUGCCCUCUGUGACCGCUUCAGACACAGUCAUCCUCCCAGGUCAUGUUUAAAAGACGCACUAGAGGAAAGUGGCAAGGUGGCGUACGACAGCUUACUGAGGAGCCUGGCCAAACAUGAGAUCAUAAACCAAACCAUUGCAUUGCUCAGAUCUCAGUCAGUCCCAGCAGCAACAGCAGCGGCAGUGCAGUGGGGAUGCUGAAGGAGGUGCAGAGGAAGGCCUCCCCCAGGAGAAACAUCCACCACAGGAGGAAGAUGGAGGUGGAGAGUGACGGCUCCACAGAGGAGACGGACUCCUCUGAGAACUGAGCCUUUCACGCUUGAAUCGUGUGACCUUUGACUUGCCUCUCUAAACUCACACUCAAGCUUCAUUUAUGGCAGAAUAGUGACGAGGAAGUCAAUGAGGACUUGCGUGAACAAAUGUGCUGUAAAAUCACUUAUUUAUUUACGCCCCUGCACACUGAACUGUACAAUAUAGUGCUUUAUUUAUUUCCUGACACGUAUAGAGAUCCUCAUUUACAUAAAACCCUUGAUUAUUCGAGAUGUACCUGAAACUGACUUGAGAUUUCUCAUAUUUGCUGGAAAAUGGAAGCUUCUAAAGUGCGCCAUGCGUGAAUCAUUUCAAUAAAUGCAGUUGUAAAUGUGAUUUAUUGACAAGUAUAACCAUCAUCAGCACCACUCUGUGCAUCAUCAACAUCAAUAACAUGCAGUGUUUCCUCGGGAUUUUGGUCAAACAUAUAUAGAAUAUUAGCUUCUAUACAUACAUACAGUCUCUUUACAUGAUGUAUAUUAUCAAUUAUGUACAUUAGAUCCCUCCCUAAGAUGCGGAAAUCAAAGAGGUGAAAUAAAAAAGCCACUUUCUGGUGCACACAAACAUCCACUGGCACAUAAGGAGCAACUGACAUGUGGAUUUGGACUUAUGGUUCAAAUUUGUUGUCAAUAAUUGAAAGAAAUAUCCACGUCAGCUGUCUUAGCUGAAACAGACGUCACACAGAAAAAUAAGUAGGCACUCUUUAGUAUGAAAUAUUUCAGUGUGUAUUACAUGCUUAAAUCUAAACAUAAAUGAAAGUAUUACCUGGUACUUCUAAUAGGCAGGGUGAAGUCAAUAUUUUGAUUAGAGCUGUCAAAAAUAAGUUGCAUUGCAUUAAUCAUGCAAUGUGUAUACGCAGGAUUUAUGUUACUUCUUUGCCGUAACCGCGGAUGGUUACAUGAAAGGCUGAGGGUUGAUGCACUUCAAAAUAAGCCCCGAUAAAACUGUUGGCGAAUUUUGAACAAAUAAAUGUAGUGCAUUCAAGUAGUACAUUUAAAGAUGUUCCUGUAUGACAUUCUGACAAUAAAAUUGAAUCCGUGUCUAAA